UAAGUGGACCUGCAAAGCUUAGGGGUUUAUGUGUACUUGUCUCUUUGAGGCUGCGCGUGUGUGCAUGUGGGUGUGUGUGUCAUCCAGUGUCUGCAUGUCCAUGUCUGUGUUGUUGUUGGUAAAAGGAAGGAUGCAGCCAAGCAGGACAUUACUCUUAAAGCUAAAACGUGAUCCUGAUAUUAUUUUUGUUCAGUAUUUAUGAAUCUCCGAAGCCCGAGCCAAGAGCAAGAAUUUAAUCUGCAGAGCUAUUGAAGAGUGAAACCUGAAGCCGCUCCAAGGACGAUGAAUUGGAAAAUAGCAUUCUGUUGUUUGAGCGCUCACAUUCAUUUGAGCUUUGUUUGACUGUAAUGUCAACAGUUAUCAAGCAGAAAAUGUGCCAGCGUGUCUGCAGAGUUUGUGCUUUGCCAAAGCAAAGUCUCUAGUUCACUCAUUUUGCAGCAACUCCAGGCUCUGUUUUGUGGUGACACAUCAAGGGAAAAGCUGACAUGAUGAUGAUGAUUUUGAUCACCAUAUUAGCAAAACACAGUUACUGCUUUACACCCGGUACUAGUGGAAGCAAAGCGGGAUAAAUAAAUAUGUUGCGGUUUAGAUUAUGGGCUUGUUGUUCUUGUGCUGACUUUAUUUAGUGGUGGUUUAUUUGUUUUAUUGCUUUUUGUUGGGGGAUUUGCAUUUGAAAUGCAUCUCUAUAUUUGUCUGUGCAAAUUGCAUAUGUAGUUGGAUAAUUUAUAGUAGGGUGUUUUUGUUUUAAUUACAAAGACAGUAACUAUAUGACCUAAAAUAAUUAAUUGGACCAAACACAACUGGGUGGAUCAUUAUGAUGCUCUCGUUUUAGGAAACAAGAUGGAAGGAUCCGUCGUAUCUCUGAUGAAGUAGAGCCCCCACUAGCACACUCCCGCCCUCCAUUUCUUUUUCCCUCACUUUCAAAGACCUCGGACCUGUUUGCCAUGAUCGAGAGGUUGCAGGGUUACAGAAUGGAUGAGCAAAGAUGUCCCCUCCCUCCUCCCCUCAAAACAGAAGAAGACUACAUCCCUUAUCCCAGCGUUCAUGAGGUUCUGGGUCGCAGCAGUCCUUUUCCACUCAUACUCCUGCCCCAGUUUGGAGGCUACUGGAUUGAGGGGACCAAUCAUGAACCUAGAGACCCACCAGAGGCAGAUCAACCUCCCUGUCCUACCUCCCACAUUAAACUAGAAACAAACAGUACUGCAAAGAUCUACAGGAAGCAGUUCAUGGGCAAGGAACACUUUAAUUACUACACCAUGGAUGCUGCCCUGGGCCACUUGGUCUUUUCAAUGAAGUAUGAUGUCAUUGGGGAUCAAGAGCAUCUGCGCUUGAUGCUUCGCACAAAACAAAAAACUUAUCAUGAUGUGAUUCCCAUUUCCUGCCUUACUGAGUUCCCCAACGUGGUUCAGAUGGCCAAGCUUGUUUGUGAAGAAGUAAACGUGGAUAGGUUUUACCCUGUCCUCUAUCCGAAGGCAUCAAGGCUCAUUGUCACCUUUGAUGAGCAUGUAAUUAGCAACAAUUUCAAGUUUGGGGUUAUUUAUCAAAAGUUUGGUCAGACAUCAGAGGAGGAGCUAUUUGGGAACAUGGAAGAAAGUCCAGCCUUUGUUGAGUUCUUGGAGUUUCUGGGCCAUAAGAUUGAACUUCAUGACUUUAAAGGUUUUCGGGGUGGACUCGAUGUCACUCAUGGCCAGACAGGGACAGAAUCCGUCUACACAAAUUUCCAUAAUAAGGAGAUCAUGUUUCAUGUGUCCACCAAACUGCCUUACACAGAAGGAGACUCACAGCAGCUGCAGAGAAAGAGACACAUAGGCAACGACAUUGUGGCCAUCGUGUUCCAGGAGGAAAAUACGCCCUUUGUACCAGACAUGAUCCAGUCCAACUUCCUGCAUGCAUAUGUGGUGGUGCAGGUGGAAAAUGCAUGUACAGACAAUGUCACCUACAAGGUCUCUGUGACAGCAAGAGAUGAUGUACCCUUCUUUGGGCCUGCUUUGCCUGACCCUGCCAUCUUCAAAAAGGGCCCUGAGUUUCAUGAGUUCCUCUUCACUAAACUCAUUAAUGCAGAAUACGCCUGCUACAAGGCUGAGAAGUUUGCCAAGUUAGAGGAGCGAACUCGUUCGGCACUUUUGGAAACACUGUAUGAGGAGCUUCACAUAAACAGUCAGUCCAUGAUGGGUCUGGGUGGCGACGAAGAUAAGCUGGAGAAUGGGGGUGGAGGAGGAGGUGGAGGAGGAGGCUUCUUUGAAUCAUUCAAGCGGGUCAUCCGCAGCAGAAGCCAGUCUAUGGACGCCAUGGGCCUCAGUAACAAGAAGUCACACACAGUCUCCACUAGUCACAGUGGCAGCUUUACCCACAAUCCCGCAGAGAGUCCCAAAACCCCAGGGAUUUCAUUGCUUGUCCCAGGGAAAAGUCCCAGUAAAUAUGGACGUCGAGGCAGUGCCAUAGGGAUAGGAACAAUAGAAGAGUCAUUGAUCAUUCCUGGGAAAAGCCCAACCAGGAAAAAGUCUGGGCCGUUCAGCUCCCGUCGCAGUAGUGCUAUUGGCAUCGAGAACAUCCAGGAGGUCCAAGAGAGGAGCCGAGAAGUAUCACCCAACACCCAGAGGACACCAGAGAGUAGCCACAUGUCACAGGAAAACAAAUCAGACAACUCCUCCAAUCACAGUUCUCCAGAGUUUCCUACCACAAAGAACAGUUUGGCAAUGUGUUGCAGGGCACCGUCUAUCCCUGAGGCGCAGGACCUUUCCCGCUCCUCCUCCAAUGCCAGCAGCUUUGCCAGCGUCGUGGAGGAGCAUGAAGCAGAAGAGGAGUACGACACUGGACUGGAAAGUGUGUCUUGUGUUACACCAGUCAAAAAAGAUUCAUUUGUGUACAGCUCUGGGGUGGAGGACAGUACCAGCCAAGGAAAUCUUCCAGCAGCUUCACGUCUCCAGCAACAACCGGACGCAGCGAGGACAUUAGAACCAAAAGGGACAGACAGCCGGUCAAAGAUGGAGCGCAAUCAGCAGGAGCACAAAUUCUCAUCGAACUGUUAGCCACUCUGUCGCCCCGUCAUUGACAUCCGUUUUUCAGCAUUCCAAUAAGAGGCAUCUUUGUCCAAAAGAAGCAAGCCAAGGGCAUGUUAACUCCAUCAAUGCAGAAAGGGAGCAGUUAGAAGCCAGAUCAAGCAACUGACAGAUCAUACUUUUUAUGUUUGACUUGGAUCUGCUGCGUGACAUGACAGACACCCAGACACCUACCUACCACCAUCUCCAUGCGAAAACCUCCUUUUUGUUCAGUACAAAGGAAAAGGACCUCCGCACUCAUGCAGCAUCUCUCAGCUGGCAAUGCACAGUACAUGUGCCCGCCUUCUCAUUCUUCAGGCCAGUAAGCUCCGAAACCUAAUUCUUACUGUAAAAACUCAAAGAUCGGGAUUCAAAUGGAGAUUUAAUCUUGUCACUGAAAGAGUGGUUAAAGAAAUCCACACAGAUCAAACAGCCGGUGUUUGUUCAGCCUGUAAAGAGUUGAACAGAAGAACAGAAGAAAGCUUUGUUUUUUAAUGUCAAACUCACAUCCCACUGUGAUAUUGGUUUGACUUUGAUGUAUCAGGUGUAUGUGGCUGUAUCUAAGGCCGCAUUUUGUGUUUAAAUGUUGAUGUAUUCUUUUCCAAGUAUUCUUCAGUAGAUAUUUGUUGUGUUUUACAACUUCAGCAAGAGUAUGUCAUGUUUUAAUCAAGGGUACUUUCAUGAUGCUGUUGCUGGUGGAUGUAAAAACUAUUAUUCACCUUUCUCAUUUUUAAUUGAUGGGUUACAUAUAAAAGACAAAAACUGUGCCACAGUGAAAAAGAGACCUAUUUUAAGAGAAACGUUGACCCUAUUGGUUUAGUUUAAGACAAAAGCAGAGCUACUGUAGUGCCCAAACCAGCGACACGCAUCAUCAAAUUUGCAAACUUAAAGCAGUUCUUUGAACUUUUCAAAGAUCUUUUUCACACCCCAUUUGUUGAUGUCUGUGUACAGGUGUGUAUACAGCAGUAAUGUGUACGGUGUAAAUCUGCUUGUCAAAAUCCUCUCCUCUGUAAACUGGUGCCAUGCUUGACAUAAAGGUGUUGUCCUUGUGAUUUGUGUUUUACCAAAAAACCAGCCGACAUCUCCAGAUGCAGUGCACACUGCUAAUAGAGAGCCAAAUGUCAAAGUUUCCUACUUUGUAUGUAAAGUGUAAUAUAUGUAUGUGACUUAAACACUACAUUUUCAGAGAUACUCCUGAACGUUGACCUUUUUGAAAAACCCGAUUUGUUGCUGAAAGUAAAUUACACUGUGACUCGUCUUGAAGUUGCCUUUAUGAUUGUCAUGUGAGCUGCUUUAAAGAAGGGUUAUUUUUAAAGGCACUGUGCUGCUGCCUGAUGGCUUGAAUGUAAAAUGAGGCAGAAAUGGAUUCAUUUGUACAUAUUUGCUCACAAUAGUUGUACUGUGUUGAUUCCUGACGACAGUAAACUUGAGCCUGAAGCAGCUCAGCUUACAUGAGCAGAGAAGCUUUGUUUUUUGUUUUUUUAAGUUAGUUGUGAAGGAAAAAGCUCAUAUAGGGAUGAUUUAUUUCAGUGACAUGACUGAAGCAGACCUUUAUUGUCUGUUCUGAAUUAACAACAGCAUUUAUAGUUAAAGAGACAAAAAGUUUAAAACACUGGACCAAAUGUACUCAAAUGUACUGUUUAAUGUACUCAUCAAGUUGUUUAUAGCAUAAAUCACUCUCAAUGCAACACAUGCACAGAAAAACAUAGACAAAUGUAACAGUAACACAUGUCAGUUACAGCCUUUCAGAAUCAUUUAAGGAAGAUGUAUUCAAAUCAUUUUUCCUCCUGAAUCCUUGAGUAGAUAAAGCCUGCCCUCGUGUGGCUCUGAGUUAUUAUAGCACAUCACUAUGUGGUACCAUCAUCUAUCUGUGCUUGCACUGUAUGCUAACCACAACACUGGAAACCAGUCUUCUCUGUGCUUGAUUCAAAUGAUUGUAUUGAUUCUUGUCAGUUUGCUUAAGCCCUUGUUUAAAAGAAACGUUUGUACAUAUAGCUUUUUUUUGUAAAAUAAGCUAACUAAAAAGUUUAAUAAAGAUGAAAAUGCAUAAAGUGAAUAAAGUUUCAUUUCUGCAAUAAAAAAAAAUCAUGUUUGCCAUUUAAGUAUUUCUGUGUGACAAUGAAGCACAUUCAAUCUAAAAUGUUUAAGUUUCUUAUCAAUCUAAAAUGAUUGAUAAGAAACUUAAAGGCAUUCCUCAUUCAUGAAGGCAGAGAUGAUGCUCUUUAAGGCUUAAGGAAGCUGUUUUCCAAGCUAUCUAAUACACCAACCCAACGACCACCAUCUGCUCCUUUUAAAGUUAAAUCCCCCAAAUUUUUUAUGAAAUCUAUUCCCAGACUGGAUACCAAAUGCAUGUAUUUUAACAUUCUGUAAGUACAUCUUUGUAUGUGUGUAUAUAUAUCUAUAUAUAUAUAUAGAUAUAUAUAUAAAGAUUUGUUAGUAUCAUCAUUUAGUUAGUCCACCAUUGCAUCACUGCUAACUGAUUCCAUUUCGAGGCACAUGAAACAUAGCAUGCAUGCCUUACUUACCCUGUUUACAGUGUGUCAGAGCUACAUUAAGUUACUGUUAAUGCAAUGUAGUCUGUUCCCACAGCUGCUGCUUCCUUACCUACAAAAUCUUUAAGUGGUGAAAUGGGGUUAAGAAGGGGGGGGGGGGUAGACUGUUUAUUUUCAGCUCUUUUUUUUUUUUUUUUUUUGAUCA